UAUGACGAUAACCACGGAAGAAGUCCUAGUUACUGUAUUUCAGUUUCUAGAAAAGGCAACAGAAUAUCCUUAUAAUGACCCACAUAAAACGUUGGCUUUGGUUGUACACGGUAUUUUAUUAACUCACGGCUUUCGUCCCUCAGAAGAAGAACCACCCGAGAAUGUAGAUAACUGGUCACUCUCUGUUGAAAACGCAAAAAUACCAAACUGUUUUGAGGAAAACAAGUAUGGAGGAAGUUAUCGACACUAUAAGAGUUGUAUGACCUUUGAAGUCCGAAUGGUGCCUCUGGAUAAGUAUGUGGUAGUCAACGCUGUAGCCAGUGAUGUGGACAGAGUGUUUUAUUGUGAGCUCAAGUUGGAGAAAUAUUUCAAGGACACAGUUUUGGAAGGUGGUAAACUGGUCGUUCCUCUGAGGAACUUGAAGUGGAGUCAAAUACUGAAGAAUGUGACCGAUAUGAUUGCUGUGUUACGAACACAAAUUAUUUAUGCACUUGUUCCUGAUAGUGCUAAAGAAGGUUAUGAAGCUAAAACCAGCGAAACUCACAUUGGACAGUCAACCAACCAGCAGUCACAAGAUAGUCGUCAGUUCUCACUACCGUCUAGAGACCCAUUGCGUGUUGUUCCUCCUGUAGGUAGUCGAUAUUAUCCAAGUGCCUAUAUAGAUGAGGAUAGAGAUUCCAUUCCGGUUCUUGGCCAAGGAGAUUUAUAUCCUGGAGGGUUGCCUCGAUUGGAACGUACGUUUCCUAGUGGACCUUUGGAUGGUUCUUUUGCAGCUCCAGAUAAUGGUUCCUUGAUGGGACCUCGUCAUUCCAUGUUUCAGAGACGAGACCAACGGCCAGGACCUGGAAAUAAUAUGUUGCCAAGAGGAGCUGUUCCUCCUGGAGCACGAUUUGAUGAGUUUGGUCCUCGAUUUCCUCCCGAUGAAACUUAUUCAACCCUAGCUGGGUGGAGACAUCGUCAAGAGAUGCCGGAUAAUGAUGUAGAUGAACCACCACCUCCUGAAAUGUAUAUGUGAAGAGAAGCCAUUUCAUUUGUAAAUAAAAUUGUUUUGUGAUUA